AUGGAGUCCCAGCAUUUUGGAUGGCGGCCGCUCGACGUUGCCGUCAUUGGAGGUGGAAUCGGAGGGUUGGCUGCUGCGACGUCGCUACGACGGGCAGGCCACGCCGUCACGAUAUACGAACGAGCAGACUAUGCGGGUGAGGUGGGCGCCUCUAUUAGCUGUGGCGCCAAUGGCACCCGGUGGCUGGAAGACUGGAAUGUCGAUAUCAGCGUGGGUCGGCCGAUUGUGAUUGAGAAAUUGAUUCGACACGACCUCGAAACUGGGGAGGUCCAGGAUGUCUAUGACUUGGCAGACUAUGCCCCCUACUACAACUUCUACCGAGUGGACAUGCACGCCAUGCUGAUGCAAUCCGCCACCGGUCCCGGACAAGGAAAACCAGCGGUCCUGAAGCUAAAUCAUGCCUGUGAAACCGUCGACCAUCGUACGGGGGUCGUGACGUUCCGAAGUGUAACCAGGGCGCGCCAUGACUUGGUGAUUUGCGCUGAUGGUGUCGGCUCCGCCGUGCGUCAGUCCCUGGGGAUCCAUCCCGAACGGAAAGCAGCCACAUCGACUUCGUAUCAUUGCAUCAUUCCGACGGCCAAAGUGCGUCGCCUCGGCCUCCCGGACAUGUCGGUUCAUAACGCCCUGGAGUAUUGGGGCGGCCACGGCCCGAGCAAGAUCAUCUUUUCGGCUUGUCGCGGGGGUGAGAUACACUCCUUCUACACGUUCUUUGCGAACCCCAGGGGAGAGACGGCCGAGGAGGGCUGGGAUUUUUCCGGGUCGCGAGAGCAGCUUCUGGCGCCCUUCCCCAAGUUGGAUCCCGCCCUGCGCGCUGUGUUGAGCCAUGCCGGCGACAUAAAGCCCUGGCGCCUUUACGUCCACAGCCCAUACCCCCGCUGGCAUCGUGGUCGCACCGGUCUUCUGGGUGAUGCGGCUCAUCCGAUGCUCCCCGAUCAGAGCCAGGGGGCCUGUCAGGCCAUCGAAGAUGCCGCCGCGCUGGGCAUCAUCUUUGGCCCGCGUUACACAUUCACCGCAGACGUGGCCGCCGGUCUGCGCCUGUACGAGCAGGUUCGCAAACCGCGCGCCAGCCGUGUACAGGAAGCCAGUGCCCGAGCUCGUGAGAACCUCUCGGAGCGCAUCGGCUUCUCCAGCCAGAAAGAUAGCAGCCUGUACAAAGUAGCCCAUAAAGGACAGAAGUUGACUAUCGAGGAAGUCAAUGAGUAUGUGAUCUAUUGCGCUCUCGGCCUGGUCAAGCAUAAUCCCAGCGCUAAUUCUCCCUGCAGAUACGAUAUACAUGGCCAUAUCGCAACGCAGGCCAGAAGUCUUCUCUCACGACGGAUGGAACCAGGCACGCUCGCCUCGCAGCAGCACAAGGCAGAGCGACUAUCUCGACUCUAA